GUUCACACUUAAUUAAACUGGUAGUUGUGAACACAAUAUUAUUUAUCAACAUGCUAAUUUUCAAUAAUUCUGUACUAUCAGAUAAAAUGGGAUUUGUGAACAUUCUGCUGCUUGCUGUGUUGGCGUGUAGAGUUUCUGCAGAAGUGAACAGGGCCUGCGAUACAACGAACCUUUGUCCGGGCGGGUUUGUCUGUGAACAGGAUCUGUGUAAAAUAGGUGCGUCAGGGACCUGCACGAUACAGCAGACGACCCCCGCAACGACAACAACAGCAACAGCUCCGCCAGAUGCAACAACAACUGCAGGCGUAAACCCGACGACAACCGUGCCAGCAGCAACGACGGGGGGUAACACACAAACUACAACACAACCCGCUCCUUCAGUCACUGUACCAGACACGACAACACAACCCGCUCCUUCAACCACUGUACCAGACACGACAACAAAACCCGCUCCUUCAACCACUAUAACAGACACGACAACACAACCCGCUCCUUCAACCACUGUACCAGACACGACAACACAAUCCGCUCCUUCAACCACUGUACCAGACACGACAACACAACCCGCUCCUUCAACCACUGUACCAGACACGACAACAUAUGAUGUAACAAACCCACCUGAAACCACUCAAGAAGAAAUUACUACGACUGUUCUUCGGAAAAAGAGAGAAACAUCUAGUACAGAAGAGUGUGUGUCCAAUGCAAGCUGUCUUCCUGUCGAGGGUGGACAAUUGACAUGUGCCUGUAAUGCAGGGUACUACGCCAACAAUGGCGGGUUUUGCGAAGAUAGCGCAGCCGGUUCCAACCACAAGGCCAGUGUUUGGGUUGCCCUUGGAGCUGUCAUCCUGCUGCUGAUAAAAUGAUUUCGCUCAAUAAAUAAUAAUGAAAAGCCAAUACGUAAUUUCCAACGCAGUUUUCUUCCUUGGCGAGCAAUGAAGGUCCUUUCCACCACGUACGGCAAUACCUGGAUUUCAGCUACAUAUGUUUGUUUACCAACAUAUUAUUUCUAAUGACACAUAUUUAUGCAAUAUUCUAUAAAAAAUCAUUUAAAUAACGUUGUUUAAAAGUAAGAAAUAGACAUUUAUUUCAAAUGAAGUAACAUGUUAACUUUUGAAAUGAAGUAAUGUGGUUUUUGAUCAUGAUCACAUGGCAUGCGCGGUGGCAGUGAUUACAGUGCGUCAAUGGCAAGUAACCGUUGAGUGGAAUUCGGUCAAUGCUUUACUUUGUAAACAAUACUUUUUCUGAAUGUCUGAAAUCGUAUGCAAACAGCUGUCACAUAAUUCCUGUGGCUUUAUUGUAUGCUGUUUUAGGUAAAUGUUAAUACAUUAGUAUGAUGACGCUUUUAGCCGAUAAAACAGACUUACAGUAUAAACAUUGAACUAACAGCAUGUUUUCUGCAGGUUAAUGUGCGACCCUUUCAUGCUGGUUUCGACACCGUUUUUUGUAAACAGAACCAAAUUAAAAUAAA